UUUAACAAUAAAAGUGUCCAUGUGACUGAUACAUUUAUCUCAAUUAGAACCGUGGAGACAUUUUAGAGCUAUAAAAUAAACUCCGAGGUUGAAACUAAAGUAGCAAAAGAAGAACGUUUUAUCCACAGAGACAUUGCUGCUACUAAUAAUAAUAACUGCCCCUCUGGUUGUGCCCGCUCCCGUUCUUGUGCGGUCCGCAGUUUAUUUUGAAGGCGGAGGACCGGUUGCGCCGUGGUACCUGCGGUCACCUUGACGCAGCCUCCGUCAGUCGGCAUGACAACGAGCUCUCGAGGGCAGGACGGACGGGGAACGGCUGACGGGCGCGAGGAUGGCAGCAGAAGAUGCCCAGUAACGGGAACAGCACCGGGACCUGCACCGGGACUUGCACCGGGACCGGCUCGGUCCAUGUCCCGGCCAUGGAGAGAGCCCGUCCGGCCACGGUGAAGGUGUCCGCGGUGAGCCUGUGCCUCAGCGUCCUGUCCCUGCUGCUGCUGGUCACCGCCAUCUCCACCGACCACUGGUACGAGACCGACACCCGCCGACACAAGGACAACUGCGACCGCCACGGAUCCGACUCCAACGACCAGAAGAACCGAGAGAUGCCCAUCUACCACCUGCCGCUGGUGGACACCGGCAGCGGUGCAGCGCGUCAGCGGGACGUGGCGCUGAUGAAGCCCGUGCAUGUGGGCAGCAGAGAGGAGGAGCUGCUGGAGAACUGGAGGGCCAUCCUGGGGAUGGGCAUCCUGGAGACGGAGUGCGGCAGGCCGCUGUUCUCCACGCACUCCGGCCUGUGGAGGAAGUGUUACUUCAAGGGCCUGGACCCAGACAUCGACAAGCUCAUCGACCGGGGUAUAGCCGACCGCUGCACUGCUGUGAAAUAUCACUUCUCUCAGCCAAUCAGACUGAGGAACAUCCCUCUGAACCUGACCCGGACCAUCCAACAGGACGAGUGGCACCUGCUGCACCUGCGGAGGAUCACAGCUGGGUUUCUGGGUAUGGCGGCGGCCGUACUUCUCUGUGGAAGCAUCGUGGCGUCAGUGGGGUUUUUCUGGGAGGAAAGUCUGACACAGCACGUCUCUGGACUCCUCUUCCUCAUGGCAGGGAUCUUCUGCACCAUCUCCCUGUGUACGUAUGCAGCCAGUGUGACCUACGACCUCUCCAGGAACCCGCCCUUCAUCUACGGCCUGCCGGCAGACGUGGAUCACGGCUAUGGUUGGUCGAUCUGCUGCGCCUGGGCCAGCCUGGGUCUCACUGUGGCAUCCGGCUGCGUCGGUACCACCUUCCCCUUCCUGAGCCGGGCUGGAGCCCUGCGAUCCAAAACCGCCCGGGAGUCUUCUGUCUGAUCAGCUGGCUGAGGAGGAGGAGGAGGAAGAGGAAGAAAAGGAGGAGUAGUGGUUAAUGACAGAAGUUUGGAGCAGAUCCAUUGAAGCCAGUUUUUGGGAGGAACUCCUCCAGUAUUAGUCGUUUCUGAUGUGGAUGUUAAUGAACCUUUAAAAACACUCAAUCUAAAAUCGAGGUGAAUGUUUAGUUCAUGAAAUCUGUAAAUCUAGUUGCUGCUGAGCUCCGGCUUGGACUCACCUGGUCCUCGUGUACAGGUGUGAUCAGGAUUUGUUUUCCGCUGAUCAUUAAUCAGGUCCAGGUGAGUCCAGGUGCGUCAAGGCCACAGAUCAGCUGGACUGAAUGAGAUUUGACUAGAACCAGAAUCAGAUAUAAACAAAAACCACUGAACAGAACUGACAGCACUGAGAUCAGUCCUCAGAUUUGGUCCUAGUCCUCAGACCUGGUAGAAGUCCUGGUCCAGGUCUUUUGACAUGAUCCAAAUCCUCAGACCUGCUCCAUCUGUCCAGAUUCUCCAGCUGAUCAUCUCUGCUGUCUGGUUUAUCUCUGUGGUGGUGGUGGAUCUGGUUCUGGUUUCAGCUGACUCUAAAUCAAUCACUGGGUCUAAAGGGUGAAGUGGUUCCUCAGUUCUCAGUUCAUCUCUGGUAUAACCUUUAAUGUUCAGGAGCUGAAGCAUCAGGGUGAAGACAAUCAUUAAGUUCUACUGAUGGACAAGCUGUCCAUCUCCUGUCCUCUAGUCCAGGUGUCAAUAAUUGUGUCAAUCACAACCCACGGAGUCCGAGUUACUGUAGCUAUGACGGAGGCUGAAAUGUUGAGAAACCAGAGACAGAGAUCAGACUGGACCAGAAUCACUUGAAUCUUCUGAUCGUGAUGUUUUAUCUUCUGGUCCCAGAGGACGACCCACCUGACCACAGAACCGUGUCCUGGAGUCACUGGAAGUCUGGAUCCCAGGGUUCUUCCUCCAGACAAUUAUAUGUAUAUAAAAUAUUUAUAUGACUGAAUAAACUCUACCGUCGCCUCCAGCUCCACCACAAACUGAAUGAGGAACAUCACCGACAUACAACCACAGAACUCUUGGUCCAGAACCAGACCUUCACCCCCUUCCCCCUCAGACUCUGGGUCUGUCUCACACAGGAAGUGAGGGGAGGUCCAGGUGGACCAGGUGGUCCAGGUAUAUGACCCUGAUAACAGAAUGACUGUUGCUUGGUGCUGUGUUAUUUACCAUAUCAAGGAGUCAGAGUCGGUGUCUAUGCCCGCUCAUGUAAUCCUAAUGCACUCCUUGAUACCUACUACCCCUUGAUACACCCUGAUACCCUCUGAUACCCGUACUACUCCCUGCUGCCCUCUGAUACCCCCGAUACUGUGAUAUCUCCCAAAACCCUUUGAGACUCUUCAUGCCUACCUUCUGAUACCCUCUGAUACCUUCUGAUACCCUCUGAUACCUUCUCAUACCCUCUGAUACCUUGUCAUACCCUCCGAUACCCUCUGAUACCCUCUGAUACCCUCUCAUAUCCUCCGAUACCCUCUGAUACCUUCUGAUACCUUCUGCUACCUUCUGCUACCUUCUGAUACCCUCUCAUUGCCUCUGAUACCCUCUGAUACCCUCUGCUACCUUCUGCUACCUUCUGAUACCCUCUGAUACCUUCUCAUACCCUCCGGUACCCUCUGAUAUCUUCUGCUACCUUCUGCUACCUUUUGCUACCUUCUGAUACCCUCUGAUACCCUCUGAUACCCUCUGAUACCUUCUCAUACCCUCUGAUACCCUCUGAUACCCUCUGCUACCUUCUGCUACCUUCUGAUACCCUCUGAUACCUUCUGAUACCCUCUGAUACCUUCUGCUACCUUCUGCUACCUUUUGCUACCUUCUGAUACCCUCUGAUACCCUCUGAUACCCUCUGAUACCUUCUCAUACCCUCUGAUACCCUCUGAUACCCUCUGCUACCUUCUGCUACCUUCUGAUACCCUCUGAUACCUUCUCAUACCCUCCGAUACCCUCUGAUACCCUCUGAUACCUUCUGAUACCUUCUGAUACCCUCUGAUACCCUCUGAUACCCUCUGAUACCUUCUCAUACCCUCUGAUACCCUCUGCUACCCUCUGCUACCUUCUGCUACCUUCUGAUACCCUCUGAUACCUUCUCAUACCCUCCGAUACCCUCUGAUACCCUCUGAUACCUUCUCAUACCCUCCGAUACCUUCUGAUACCUUCUGAUACCUUCUCAUACCCUCCGAUACCCUCUGCUACUCUGAUACCCUCUGAUACUUCUGGACGUUCUGGUGCCCUCUUGCGCCCCCUGCUGUAAAUAAACAUGAACAGACUGAAGUGUCUCCUGGUUUCUGGUGCAACUGGUUGAUUGUAUUUAUUAUGAUUAAAUAUUUGUCCGGUGAA